AUAGAACUUCUCUCAAACACUUUCAAGGGGCUCAGCCUAGAAAUUUCUUAUUCACAGUGGGUUGCCUGGUUGGUUGGUUCGUCUUCUCCUCCUCCUCCUUCCUACUUUUCUCUUCGGCGAGGCAGUUCGUUCAUCUUUUGCUGCUCUUCAAUCCUGAUAAUGGAGCUAUGCAGCAAUCCUCCUCGAGAAUCCACUUCUCCUUUCGAUUGCCUUCUUUUCGAUCUCGACGACACUUUGUACUCGUCGAAGGUGGGAAUCGGUGAAGCGUGCAAGAGAAACAUAGAAGAGUUCCUUGUGAAGAAAUGCGGAUUUCCAGAGGACAAAGCAUCCAGUUUACGAGUUGAGCUUUUUAAAACUUACGGGAGCUCCCUUGCUGGCUUGAGAGCUUUAGGCUAUGAUAUCGACACCGAUGACUAUCACGGUUUCGUGCACGGAAGGUUGCCUUAUGAGACCAUUAAACCAAAUCCUCAACUACGAAAUCUUUUGCGGACCAUCAACCAAAGAAAGAUAAUUUUUACCAAUUCGGAUAGGAACCACGCGAUUAAAGUGUUGGACAGGCUAGGAUUACAAGACUGCUUCGAUCAAAUAAUCUGUUUCGAGACUCUUAACCCAAACCUUUCGAAAUCCAGUCGUCCCGACGAGUUUCCCGUUGUUUUGAAGCCAUCCAUCAACGCCAUGAAAAUCGCAAUCGAUGUUGCACAAGUAGAUCCCUGUCGUACGCUAUUUCUCGACGACAACGAACGGAAUAUUGCCGCCGGGAAAGUCGUGGGACUCCGCACUGUCUUGAUUGGGAAGCAAGUAAAAAGCAAAGAAGCUGGUUAUGUGGCGGAGAGCGUAGUCCAUCUGCCGCAAGUGGUUCCAGAAAUAUGGUUCAGUCGAACGGACGGUAAAGAUCAAAAGAUCAGCAGCAGCGGGAGCGAGAUGGAUUCGGUUCUCAAAGCGACGACUGUUGGUGCAUAGCUGAAGUUUAGUUUAUAGCCCACGACCCUGUACAUAUCGGAUCGUAUAAUCCGAUUAUUCUGUGGCUCUUGUGUACUUGUGGAAAAGAUCGAAUGAUCAUGCAUGUAAAUGGGUUGUACAAAUAAUGACAAUUCAAAAAAAAUGUAGAAAAUAAAUUCCACGUACACCUCACGCAUGGCUGGUUGGGAACGACGUAGCCUUUAGUUGUUGGCCUAUUGGGUCGGUUAGUUGGUUGAUUGUUAUGCCUGUCUGAUAAAGAUGCACACCAACCAACAGCUACCUAUCAGAAGUUUCCAGAGACCACAACGAUCUCACAGGCACAUUUCAUCAUGUAUCGAAAAUAUCUUUCAUAAUUAAGUAUUAUUUUUCAUGGAAGAUGUUUCCAAUACACAGAAGGGGUAUGUCUGAAAGGUCGGAAUGAGGUGUGAUCUGUGAAAAGCAGAUCCACCAAUUCAAGUUUCUAUUACUUGAUGUUACUCUAAGCACUCUGAUUAAUUUUAGUCAAAUUAAGUGAAGGUCUUGGUCCCCCCAAAGCACUAAUUAAGGACCAUUA